AUGAGUUCGAAAUUCUGGACGAGCACAAAACACAAACGUCUGCCUAUUAAAUACCAAAAUCUAAAUAAUUCGAUAGUGAUUGGUACUAGAUUGUAUGUUAUUGGAGGAUGUGAAACAACAACAACAAACAAUGUUGGAUGCUUAGAUCUGGUCGGAUUCAAUUGGUUGGGUAUGCCUUCAAUGCGUAAAACUCAAGGUUGCAGGAAUCAAAUGACAAAUCUAAAUGGCAAUUUGUGUGUCUUUGGUGGUUUGUGUGAUUGUAGCAUUGAAGACUCGUUGGAGAUAUUCGAUUUUUCAACAUGUGAAUGGUAUAACAUAGAACUGCUUUAUACUCCAAGUAAGGAUUCAAGGAUAAUAGGUCACAAUGGAAUAUUAUAUCUUUUUGAUUUCGUAAAUGGACUUUUACAAUGCUAUGAUUCUGAUUCGAAUGAAUGGAGUUGUAAGGUUAUAGAACAAAUACAACUUAAGAACUUCAGUUUAGCUGGUAUUGGUGAAUUUUUAUAUAUUAUCGGAGGCGAAAGAGAUUAUGACCCUGUCAAUAAUGUUAUGCGAUAUGAUAUAUCUAAAAAUAGAAUGUCUGAAGUGAGAUCACUGACAAAUGCUCGAUCAGCAGUUAAUAGUGUUAUUUUUCGAAAUAAAAUUGUAAUUUUUGGAGGAUUUCCAUGUUGGAAGUUAAUUGAAGAAUAUAAUCCUGAUAUAGAUUCAUGGAAAGAAUUAAAUCCCAUAUCAAUGAAUGGAAAUUCUGAUUCGAUUCUUUGUACUCUUCCGUCUUUUAUUAAAUAA